GCUCGUCCAUGAGAUCGAGUACUUGCGAUUCCUGGGCCUGAUGACGAUCGACCAAGUUCACGCUUUGUAUGGAAGAGAAUGGAUGGAAGAUGUUCGCGGGAAGCUUCAACGUGGUCGUAAAGAGACAUGGUACACCAUGCCUUUCGAUUUCAUACACACGGCUUGGGCAAGACCGAUGAUCAAGGCGGAGCAAGAUUUCUAUCUUCGAAGAAACUCUGACAGGGACGCCGAGACGAAGAAGCUUGAGUUACUGAAAAUCCAGCACCGAGUACGAAGUACUAAGAGAACCAAGCUGUUGAAACUCCUCAACAUCGCAGAUGUCAAUCGCAACCAAGACUGGCUCGAUUGUAUUGCCGAGAUGUGUGCUCGUGGAAGGAAUGCCAAGGCACCAGAGGAGAUCAUCUAUAACAUCGCAAAGAGCAACCUUAGCCUCGAAGAUCAAACCUCUUGCCUCCAGCAUCUCAACGAGCUGAUGAUCCAAAACGAGAGCUCUCUCUCGAGCAAAAUCGAGAGUUUCAUGAGGCACAAAGUCUACAUCGAUCAGACAAUCAAGCAUGGAGAGGAGCUUCUGGCCUCGUGGAAACAUUAUCUUUACUCGGCGGCCACAGGAGUAAGUUUCGCGGAGUACGUCCGUGAGUCUUUAGAGCUCUUGGGCGAUGGAUGGUUACCGGAAAAUUCAUCGAGUUCUUCGAAGAAUCAACCUGGACAACCUUUCUUCGCGAAACGAGCUGUUUACAGGUAUCUUACGAACUCGGGUGAUGCACCAGCGUACUCCGAGGCAGUGCUUGAGCAGCUCUUCGCGGGAUCACAGCAAAACUCCGGGAUGUAUGAGUCGGGAUUCGACUUUGGCUUGCCAGGAGAGAAAGUUUUGUGUCCCUGGUAUCUAGAGCUUCCUGCGAAGAGGCCAAAAACAGAUUUCGAGGCAGAAAUCUACCAACGUUUCCAUCCAGAUUCGACUGGAUCUUCGAGAAUUCGAAAACAGAAAAAAUGUCGUCCCAAAUCUCGUGACCUUGGCACAGGAUUGGAGGUAAACAAGAGAACCCAAGCUUUCAUACACUUCUCUAGAACUUCACACAGGAUGGUUCAUCCAAGUUCUCGUGAAAACCCACUCGCAAAAUUUACCGUCUUGAUAGGAGAUUACAUGAAGCUCUUGGAAGCUCAUUCCUUCGAGACUCGAGCAUUUAGACGCUGGAUCGGAGAUUUGAGAGGAGGAAACGAUCCCAUUCUGGCGAACUACUUCAUGCUCUUCGAUGGCCUCCAUUGCAAUCUGGUGGACUUCGUGUUCUUCGACAUGCCCGACGGCCUCCCUUGGAUCGAUGGAAGAAUCUCUCCAUGGAACGUUCUCACCAGCGAGCAUAUCUCCAAGGCCAUGGAGGUGGCAAACGAGCUGCUCAAAGACUCCGGCACGGUUCUUUUCAUUCUUCCACCAUCUUCGACCUGGGCAGGAGAGCUUGCAACUGUGGCGAAAUCGUUUCGAUUUGCGGAGUUUGCGACUGGCUGCCUCGUGAACAACAUCGGCAUCGAGACUUUACAAGGUGAUGGUCACAAGCUGAAGGUAUUUGCCUGGACUUACUUCGCGUUUUGCCGAGCUGGGCGAACGGGAAAACGAGAUUGCGAUCGCGCUGCCAGAGUUUUGCCUGGAUAUGACAGCGGCACGGACGUUAUACCAAAUGUGGUUGAUGAGUUCAAGGCCGAGCUGUAUCCUGGAUAUCGUUACCGGUCACCGUUUGCGAUGCAAGUAAUGUUAGAGCUCUUUUGCCCGCCGGAUGGAGCAGUGGUUGAUGCUACUGCGGGUUGCGGAUCCAUGGUUCGAGCAGCAUGGAAUUCCGGGCGCUCGGUUCUUGCGAUUGAAGUUGAUCCCCGGUUUGAACAUCUGCUCCGCCGCAUCCGGUUUGAACGUCUGUUCCCGCAUGGAAUCAGCUAAGUGAAAGUUUUUCGUUGCUUGAUCCUGAGUUUGAUCGUGUUCUUUAAGCUCUUUUAUUUUGAAAUGAAAUAUUAUUACCUUU